AUGUUUUUGAAAAAUCGUACUAUAACAAAUACAAUUGAAAAUAAAAUUUCUUAUGAAAUAUUUUUUGGAAAAAGACCAAAUAUUAAGAAUUUAAAAUUGUACGGUAGUAAAGUUUUCACGAGAACACCUGAAUCAAAGAGAGAUAGUAAAUGGGAUAGAAAAUCUGAUUUUGGAAUUUUAGUAGGAUACGAAAACGUGGGUUAUAGAGUGUUGUAUAAAGGUAGAGUAACAGUAGCAACGCAUAUUGACAUUAUUAAGAAGGAAGAAAUUUUAGUAGAUUUUCAUGAAGAAGAUGAGUCUGAAAAUGAAUUAAAUAAGAAAAUUGAAAAAGUUAAUCCAAAGAAAGUAAAUAGUCUAAAAUUUGAAAAAGAGAUAAAAUUGAGUAGUAAUAAUAAUGAGUUUAUCGAAUGUGAUGAGAAAGUAUUAACACUUGGUAGUAUUAACAACAAUUAUUGUUUAUAUAUUUUUGAAGACAAAAAUGUAACAGGGGGGCAUUUCGAACAAUGCUUGGAUGGUGAUGAUGGUGGUAAUGGUGAUGAUGAUGUUGUUGAGGAGGAGGACGAGAAUGGUGAUGAUGUUGAUAUUGAUGGCAAUGAUGAAAAUGGAGAAGAUGAUCAUAUGAACAACGAUGGUGAAAAUGAUGGCAGCGAAGACGGUGAGGCUGAUGAUAGUAUGGAUGAAGAUGAUGACGACGUUGGCAACGAUCCGGAUUGGGAGAUAUGA